AUGGCCGAGGGACGCUGCAACUGCGGAAGCAUCAAAGUUUCCAUGCCUACUAUGCCUGAACAGUCCGCUAUUUGCUACUGUGCCAACUGCCGCCGCGCAGGAGGAAGCAUCGGAUCAAUCGUAUACAUUCUCGACAGUCCCCAAGUCACAAUCAACGAUCCGAGCAAGUAUCUCAAAGACUACCGCGACAACGACACGAAGAGCGGGAACCCAAUUACUCGUCAAUUCUGCAGCAACUGCGGCUGCCCAAUCACGUCUGUACUGGCUGGCGAUAAGAUUGCGUUGAAGGGUGGACUGUUUGAUAAGAUUCCCGCUCCAGGGUUCAAGUCUUUUGAGCAGGAGGAACCGAGCUGGAUGAAGACUGUCUAG